AUGGCAAUCUCCAUUUUCUUCCUUAAUAAAAACAAACCUUUCAAUAAUACCAUCAUCUUCUCAGAAUCAUCAAUUUACUAUCUCGUCUUCAACAUCGUUUCUUCUCUCUUCUGCACCGUCCUUAUUCUCCUAUCCACCGCCACCAUCGUCUACACCGUCGCAUGUGUCUAUGCAGGACGUGACGUUUCAUUCAAAUACGUGAUCGGCAUCGUGCCUAAGGUUUGGAAGCGGCUUCUCCUCACCACUCUAAGUGUUUCCAUAUCUUUGCUUGGCCUCACCUUUGUUGCCUUCUUGGUCUUCUUUCUUAUGUUUUUUUCAAUAAAUGGACCAAGAAAUGGCUUGAGCUUUGGAAACUACACCAUGACAAUCGCUAUCAUAUUCAUGAUAAUUUUCUUUGUGGGAACUUCGUACUUGCUAUUAAUAUGGCAACUAUCCAAGGUUGUGGCUGUUUUGGAAGAGCUUUGUGGGUUUAAAGCAAUGGCCAAAAGUAAGGCUUUGGUUAAGGGGAAGAUGAGAAUGGUCAUAAAACUAUUCAUUGUGUUGUCUUUUCCUAUAGAAGUGGUUCAGCUUGUGUUUUCUCAUUUGGUCAUUCAAUCAACAAUCAUUGGAAUUGUGGGGAAAGUUGUUCUGAUAAUUAUUUGGAUGUUGUUGUUUUCACUCUUCCUUUUGGUCACCCUCGUGGCUCAAACUGUGCUAUAUUUCGUCUGCACAUCAUACCACCAUGAGAAUGUUGACAAGUCGUCUCUCUUGGACCUUCAUCUUCAAAGGUAUCUGCUCGCAGAUUAUGACCCGUUGAAGGUUGACGAUGAUGUUCGUGCUGAGAAAUUACAAAUUGUUUGA